GCAGGAAGACCUGGACUUCCGGGAGACAAAGGCGCCCUUGGCAUCCCGGGACGAGUGGGACUCAAGGGCCAGCCAGGAGAGAAGGGAGCACCGGGAGAUGCUGGAAUGUCUAUUAUCGGUCCUCGCGGUCCCCCGGGUCAGCCCGGCACAAGAGGCUUUCCUGGAUUUCCGGGCCCCAUCGGCUUAGAUGGCAAACCAGGUUUCCCUGGCCCGAAGGGGGAGAUGGGUCUGUCGGGUCCCAAGGGACAACCGGGACCCCCAGGACAAAAAGGAGAAAAGGGUCAGUGUGGAGACUAUCCCCACAGGCUGCUGCCUCUUCUCAAUUCGGUGCGGCUAGCGCCACCCCCCGUCAUAAAAAGACGCACCUUCCAGGGUGAACAGGGACAAGCAGGCAUCCAAGGCCCCCCUGGGCCGCCUGGUCCCCCUGGACCUGCCGGACCCAUCGGCCCUCUGGGUAACCCAGGAGAACCAGGGCCCAUGGGGCCCCCUGGCAGAACAGGAGAACCAGGGAAACCAGGCAAGGACGGAAAGGGCUUACCUGGACCUCCUGGACCAAAGGGAGACCCCGGAAUUCAGGGAUAUCAUGGACGAAAGGGGGAGAGGGGCAUGCCCGGGAUGCCAGGAAGGCCGGGACCCAAGGGGGCUCCAGGGACAGCUGCCUUCGGGAUGAAGGGAGAGCCUGGAGCUGCGGGAAUGCCGGGGCCCCCAGGUUUGCCAGGGAAGAGGGGGCAGCGGGGUGAGAAGGGAAGUUCUGGUACCCCCGGCCUGCCUGGAUUCCUGGGCCAGAAGGGAGAGAAAGGGGAUGCAGGCAAUGCCAUUGGAGGCGGACGAGGGGAGCCGGGGCCCCCAGGGAUACCGGGACCGCCAGGACCAAAAGGAGAAGCUGGCACCAGUGGCCAGACUGGGCCUCCUGGGAGGCAAGGAGACAAGGGAGAAAUCGGUGCCCCUGGAGAACAGGGACCUGCCGGCCCCAAGGGUGCCAAGGGAGAGCCGGGCAAAGGAGAAAUGGUGGAUUACAAUGGAAACAUCAAUGAAGCUCUCCAGGAGAUCCGCACUUUGGCCUUGAUGGGACCUCCUGGACUCCCAGGGCAAACAGGCCCACCAGGAGCUCCUGGUGUACCAGGACAAAAGGGGGAAAUUGGUCUGCCAGGUCCUCCAGGACAUGAUGGGGAAAAGGGACCUCGAGGAAAACCAGGAGAGACCGGCCCCCCUGGUCCCCAAGGACCACAAGGAAAGGAUGGACCUCCAGGGCUAAAAGGAGAAAAAGGAAAUGUGGGGACACCUGGAGAGAAAGGGGAAGCAGGACAAGUUGGCUCUCCCGGUCUUGAUGGCCCCACUGGAGAGAAAGGAGAACCAGGUGACCAAGGGAGACCAGGAGCUGCGGGAUUGCCUGGUCCAAUUGGGCUCCCGGGAUUUACAGGACAGAAAGGAGAACCUGGAGAGAAGGGUGACCCAGGAACAGAGAUAUCUGGCCCACCAGGGCCCCAAGGUCCCCCAGGACCCCCAGGUCUCCAAGGCGUUCCUGGACCAAAGGGGGAAGCUGGACUUGAUGGAAUGAAAGGAGAAAAGGGUGUCCAGGGAGAAAAAGGAGACCGAGGUCCAUUGGGAUUGCCUGGUGCUUCAGGUUUGGACGGCAGGCCUGGGCCACCGGGUACUCCAGGACCAGUUGGGGUUCCCGGCCCAGCAGGACCAAAAGGGGAAAGGGGCAGUAAAGGAGACCCUGGGAUCACAGGACCAAUGGGAGCAGCUGGGCUUCCUGGUUUGCACGGACCACCCGGUGACAAAGGAAACCGGGGGGAAAGGGGGAAGAAAGGCUCUAGGGGGCCUAAAGGGGAUAAGGGAGACCAAGGAGCGCCUGGAUUAGAUGCCCCCUGUCCAUUGGGGGAAGAUGGCUUGCCAGUCCAGGGCUGCUGGAAUAAGUGAUGGCCCUAACCUUGGAUUGGCCUGUGUGUGUGUUUGUACAUAGGAUAUUUAUUUUUAUACAGUUCUUUCUUUUUGGAAAUGCCAGACGUUAUGACGCAUCUUUUACAGAUUAUCCCCAACCAAAAAAAACACCCUGCAUUUUUGUACAGAAAUUAUCGAACAUUCCACCCCCCUUCCUGUCUCCAAGAUUUUUUGGUAUAAUUUUUUGUCCAUGAUGCACGUUUGUUUGUGAGCACAGCUUCAAUGUUUGCAUGAUAUUUGUGCACCCUUGUUAAUUAACUGUUGGAGUUUUAAUAAAUUAUUGCAUUAUCGUGCCAAAGGGAGCUGUCCAGCACCAAAGUGCUGGCUAGUUCAUAAGUGAGUCCAGAGAAAAAUAAUAUGAAGGUCAAUGGUAUUUGCCAAGCUAGGCGUGCCUGAGAAUAUUUUAAAUGUGUGGAUUUUUCAUUAUUAAAAAUGAACAUGAUAA